AUGCAGCAGAAGGCUGCAAAACAAUCCACAAAAACACACCGCAGAUCCCGCACAGGUUGCUUCACGUGCCGUCUGCGUCGCAAGAAGUGUGACGAGGGCAAGCCUUGCUGCUCAGCAUGCAAACACCUCGGCCUGACAUGCGAGUACAAGCGACCCGUCUGGUGGGGCAACGUCGACCAGCGCAAGCGACAGAAGGAGUUGAUCAAGUCGUCCAUCAAACGCACAAAGCUCACCGAGAAGGCCGCGCAUCUCACAUCGCCGCCAAACAGCAUCGGGUCGCCGCCCGAUCUGUCCCACUCGCUGCCCACAUCCGACACCCUCUCCGAGACCCUGGCACGACACCGAUCAGUCUCGAUCGACUCGCAGUACACACAGUACGAGGAGGUUGACAUGCACAUGCACCAUGGCAUGCACCCGCUCCAAUACCAGCAGCAGUACCAUCAUCAGCAACAGCAGCAGCAACAGCAGCAGCAGCACUUUGGCGGUGUGCAGUCCCCCUACGAGUACGACGGCUUCGUACAGAAGGAGACCUACGUGAAUGGCUUCCCCGUUCCCGCUCCCCGGCGGUCAUCGAGCAGUGCUUCAUACGCCAGCAGUAAUCUGCGACGGAACUCAGUCGCAGUCGAGCAGCCCUUCUUCUCUCACCACGUCACAGCACCCGAGCCGUUGUCUUCCGAGGACUACUUCGACUACAACCAGUACGUGCCCAACGAGGCACUGGCAUACGUGCCUGUCGAGGGCGGCGACCGCGAGCUGCUCGAUCACUUCCUCCGGGAUGUGCAGCGCCUGAUCUUCCCGAUCCUGGACCUGCACGGAACUGCGCGACAGGACGUGGUCGUGCCUGCUCUGAUCAACAACGAGUCGUACCGCCACUGCUGUCUCAGCAUCGCCGCGCUGCACCUCAAGACCACACAGCACCUGACGGGCGUCAACGCCGACCUGGUCGACCAGGACAUCACAAGGCAUCGCUUCAAGACCAUCUCCGGUCUGUGCGAGGCCCUCAACAAGGAUACCGACCACCUUAAGAUUCUUGAAGCCACCUUGGGCAUGAUCCUCUUUCAGUGCUCGGUUGGCUCGCCUGACGACUCGCUUCCCGACAUCCCAUGGCACCAGCACUUCCAGGCCGCUAGCAGCCUGGUCAACAAGCUGGACCUGACGGUGUACCUGCAGCGCAUCGACCGCAACACACCUUUGACACCGACACUGAACAUGACUCUGACCUCCUGGAUCGACAUCCUCGGAGCAACCAUGCUAGGCCGCGCGCCGCUCUUCGCCGACACCUACCGGAUUAAGCACCUGUCCGCGGGCAACUCCGGGCUCCGCGAGCUCAUGGGCUGCGAAGACCGUGUGAUGUACCUGAUCUCUGAGAUCGCCUGUCUCGAAGCGCUCAAGACACAGAACAUGCUGAGCGACAUGGACCUAUGCAGCCACAUCGAGUCGCUCGCGCACCAGAUCGACAUGACGGAGGACGCGUCGGCAGCCUCGGGGUGCCACACCCCACCGCCGGUAGUGCAGAGCGGCCGCGUCGACCCGCGCGCGCUCACCGCACAGAUGACGUCCGCCUUCCGCUGCGCAGCACGCAUCUACCUCUGCUCGCUCGUCCCUGGCUUCGAUCGUACGCAGCCGCAGAUUCUGCAGUUGCUCGAGAAGCUCACUGCGUGCCUCGAGGGGAUCCCCGCCGGACCCGAUGGCUUCGAUCGCAGCCUCGUGUGGGUCAUGCUCAUUGGUGGUGGUGUUGCCGCCCCGGAUAGUGGGUUUAGGAGGUUCUUUGAGGAGAGGUGUGCGCAUCUCGGCGAGGAGGGGGAUUAUGGCAGCUUUGGACGCAUGAGGACUGUCCUUGAGGAGGUCUGGAGGGUGCGCGAGGCCGGUGAGGAGGCGACUUGGAGAGAGGUUAUGGAGGUCCAGGGGUGGCAGUAUUUGCUGGUAUAG